AAUUAUUCAACGUACAAGGAGCUCCGCUUACAAGUGUAAAAUGAGAGCAACUCACAUUGAGAAUCGUGAUAAUAAUUCUCUGGAAAACAAGCAUAUUGACCACAUUGAGGGAGUUGAAAAUGGCAAAGGCUCACAAGAACCGCCUAGUCCCUCUGGCUUUGGUGGUCAUUUGAUAGAUGAAAAUCUUGUGCACGUAGAAGGUGAAGAUAAAGUAACAUGGUAUCUUUGCUUUUUGAUUUCUGCUUCUGCCAUCGCUGGUUUCCUGUUCGGUUAUGAUACUGGUGUCGUUGGUGUUGCGUUGCCUUUAGUAGGAACGGACCUCGGCGGUAGCGAACUCAACUCUUCCCAGCAAGAAAUUAUCACAGCAGGUACCACCAUCGGGGCUAUCUUCGGUUCUGCUAUCCUUGGUGGAUGGGGUGAUCGUCUUGGACGAAAGAUGGCCAUCUUGAUCUCUGAUGUCUUUUUUACCGCCGGUGCUGUGAUCAUUGCAUCCAGUUACUCUGUCCCGCAAAUCAUUGUCGGUCGAAUUAUCCUCGGUAUUGGAGUCGGCGGCGCAGCUGUCAUUGCUCCUCUUUUCAUCACUGAAACAGCGCCCACCGCUGUGCGCGGUCGAUGCAUUGGUGUCAAUGCCUUCUUUAUUCCCUUUGGUCAGGUUGUUGCAGACUCCAUCGGCGCAGGUGUACAGAACAUGCGUGGUGGGUGGCGACUGCUCUUCGCUAUGGGUGCUGUCCCUUCCCUUCUUCAACUUCUUCUCUUCCACUACCUUCCCGAAUCACCACGUAUCCUUAUCGUCAAGGGGGAUAUCGACCGCGCCCGUAGCGUCUUCCAGCGUAUCUACCCAACUGCCACUCGUGAGAUGGUUGACUACAAGCUCCGCGUUGCUCAAGAGUACGUCGCUGCCACAACCGCGCUUCAAUCCGGGACCACUUUCUGGGAGAGAAUGAAGAAAGUAUGGAAAACUGGAUCUUAUCGACGAUCUAUCAUUGCCGUCAGUGUUCUUCAAGCCGCCGGUCAGUUCUGUGGUUUCAACACGCUCCUCUACUAUGCCGGCACUCUCUUCGGUCUCCUUGGUCUGUCUAACCCAGCCUUGGGUGGUCUUAUCCCUGCUGGUACCAACGCCGUCUUUGUGUUAAUUGGAAUGUCUACUGUAGACAAGGUCGGAAGACGAGGGUUGCUGUUGAUUGGUGUGCCGGUCUUGCUUCUUGGCCUUGUGUGGAACAUCGUUGGUUUUUAUUACAUGUGCAAGCCGACAGGAGGAUUCCUCGACACUUCUUACAGCUAUGAUACGACGAAUGUUGGUAUUGUCAUUGGUGGUAUCGUAUUCUACGUCGCCGGUUUCGGUCUUACCUAUAGUCACUUGGUUUGGUACCAGGCUGAGUAUUUGGCCCUCGAAGUACGAUCCAUGGGGUCUGGUGUUGCCACCACCGUCUGUUGGAUUGCCAAUCUCAUCGUCUCUGUCUCCUAUCUUUCAGAGCUAGAGACGAUGACUCCCUCCGGUACUUACGGUUUCUAUCUCAGUCUCAGCGUGAUCGCCUUCGUGUUCAUUGUAUUCUGCUUCCCAGAAACGAAACAACUGUCGAUCGACGAGACAUCUCUUUUAUUCGAGAACGAUUGGGGAGUCAAACGAUCUGUUCAGAUGCGCAAAGAGCGACAUGAAACCCGAAAGCGAUUCAAGGAUGCCGAACUUGCCGAAGCUGCCACAGCUCAUUUCGAAGCCCGCAAACAAAAGUCGACUUCAAUCAGUCCUGCCGAGCUCUCCAAAUUUAUGGCAGGUUUGAAGGGUGGCAAGAGAAAACCUUAAUAACAAGCCUUGGUUUAAGCCGAAGCUUGGGGAUGUCCAAUGGUACAAGUGCAAGUAGAGUCUUGUUGCGGCUUCUGCGAGUGUUUUGGCUUCCAACAUGUAUCUGAUCGGAGUCCUUGAUGUUUACGUAUGAUCUGUAUGUUGCUUGUGAUGGAUAUAUAUCCAAUGUCCAUUUAUGGUAUGCAACAACGAAGAAGGUCAUGGAAAG